AUGGAUACCAAAAGAUCAGUGCUAGCAGAACAGAUCGCACGGACUGGACACGAGAUCAAUUGGAAGGCAACAGAAAGAAGAGCUCCAUACGGGGACACGACAAGGAAGCAGAAGCUUAGGGAGGCUAUUGACAUCGUUGGGGAGAAGAAUCUAAUGAACAGGAGAUUGGAGGAAUGUAGAGCUAGCGAUACCUUUGCCUACUGCCUAAGCAAACUCGGGGAAAUCAAGAAUAGAGCCAGACAAGCGAAACAAGUGAGAAGUUGUGAUAGGGCGGCAGUGGGAUAA